CAUGCGCCCUGGCGGUUUUCGGGCAGAGUGAGCCGAGUCGAUUGGCGCGGCGUGAAGACGGCGGCGGUCGGGGAGCAACGAGCAGCAGGCAGUGUGUGUGUGUCCUCAGCAAAGCCGACGGACACUCGCCGUGUGCAGGGACGGUCGGAAGCUAGCCUCGCCUACAGCUCUCUCCGAACCAGAGCCUUUGCAAACUCAAGUGUGAGGUUUCAAACUCGGGCCUGCGUGAGUGUUUUUACGUUGCCCCGUUUUGACAGCUCGAGCAACUUGCGAGAUGUGGUCCUUUUAACAGCUGAGGAGCAGACUUGAUCCAAACCUGCCCGCGGAGCUGCUGCGCCGAGCCUCUGGAGGAAUAACCCCAAACAGAGAGGGAGCCUCUCCUCUUUCCCCUUGCUCCUCGUUCAUGUUUGACGAACCGUGUGAAGUUUAUUUUUUGGCUUACGAAGGAGAAAAGGAAGAUCAGAAUUUACAUUCCAUUUUAUUUUGCUAAGAAGAAAAGGUACAGUGGUGUAAAUCUUGCCCAGUACAAGAGGCAAUCUUGGCCACAUUAAAAGAUAGACUUUCUCCACUGGAAAGCAAAGCUAAUUACAUAGCAUUGUAUCUUAAACAUGACGUCACAUGGAAUUCAAGCAAUACUACUCUUUUUGCUGAUACAUGGUGGGUCUACAGGUCCUUUGGCAAGAAAUGAUUGUGUACUUGCACCAGUUGAUGAAUCCCACCCAGUGAAGACAUUGCUGGAGAGCUUUACUGUCUCAUCAGGCUGUGCAAGUGGAGGAACUGCAGGUCUCCCUCAAGAGGUGCACAUUAUCAACUUAAAAAGUACUGGAAAAGACCCCGACCAUCAAGGAAAAGGAAAAAAUGCAGAAACAGAUGCCAACCAUAAAGAUAAGGUGACACUGAACUUGAGACCCAUUUCCUCAAUUGAAGUCCAUCAGAAGUCUGUGGUAUUUGUGUUGAAUUCCCCAAGACCUGUGGCUUGGAUUAUAAAGGCAAAGCAGCUGGCACCAGAAGUAAAACGUUUGUUCCACGUGACUACAAAUUCUACUGUCCAGUUUCCAACAGUAAAUUUUACCUUAUCAAAAUCAUUGGAAGAGCACUCAAUGCCUCAAGGUAGUAAACAUUUACUGCAGUGGACUCAGAAAAAAUAUGGAUCUGUGACAUCUUUCACCGAAUUGAACAAGGUUAAUAAUAUUUACAUCAAAGUAGGUGAAGAUCCUUCAUUGUUACCCACAUGCAUUAUAGAGAAGAACUUCCUGUCUCAGAAUUACCUCGGAGCUUAUUUGAAAAUGCAACCUGCACAGGGUUGUACAUCCUCAAACCCAAUAGGUGAAAAGGAGGUUCAUGUUAUUGACUUGGAAUCCCCAAGUUCGAAUCCUUACAGCAGGAUUUUCAAAGUGGACGUAGUUGUCGACAUACGGCCAAUGCAUGCAGAUACUGUGCUCUCCAGAAGUAUUUUGCUGAUCCUCAAGUGCGAGAAAGCAGUCAAUUGGGUAAUCAAGUCACAUGAUAUCAUUGGAAAGCUAGAAGUGAUUAUUUCUGACAGGGACGGUCUCAAAUUUAGCCGAGAGACAGAAGCAGCCAUGAUAGUGGUGAAGAAAACAUCAUCUAAUCUGACAUCUGCCAGGAUCGACCUUAUGCAAUGGGUUCGAGAACGUGGUCACAGCAUAAUCACUUCUUAUACAAAGGCCUCCGUUGCUAAUCAAAUACGUUUAAGGCUUCAAGAAACUGAUGAAGAAGAGGUAGAUUCCUUCCUUCCACCAGAGCUUUCUAUUCUUAGAGAGCCAUUAUGGUCACCUGAACAGGCCUUGCCUGGUGUGAAAGAAAAACUUUGGUUUCCAUUUCCCUUUGACCAAGGCAGGUUGGAUACAGCUCACAAGUUGCCGCAGAUAUCAUCAGAUAGUGCAUUUAAAAAACUAAUGAGAAAUGGAUUCCCUGAACCAGAAGAAAUUCAAACCAUUGAUAAUGUGGCCCUAUUUGUUCAAUGUGAGGAUGAAAGAAUGAUAGCUGCAAUUGAAAAGAGCAGCUUGCAGGAUGACACAUCUGCAGUAAUGCAGAUUUCUUUACUAGAUCCAAAUUGUAAAGCAAAAGUAAAUGCCACGCAUUACAUUUUGGAAUCUUCAGUCACUGACUGUGACACGACCAGGUAUCCAUCUGUGGAUGGUUCCAUCAUCUAUUUGAAUUCGAUUGUGAUGCAGGUAGAAUCCUCUGUUGAAGGAAGUGGAUGGCAGAGUGAUAAUGAAGAGUCGGGAGAUAAUGGCUUCCCUGGAGAUGGUGAUGACCCAGUUGGAGGCAAACCGAGGACCAUUCUGUUUAACUGUACGUACAAGACAGCAAGCAAGAAAUCAGAACUGCCUUCACGUCCUCAUUUCCCUUCUGUGACACAAAUCAACAAUGCAACUUUGAAUAUGGAGCUGUAUAACACAGACUUGUUCCACACUCCCUCGCAAGGAGUGCACACCGUUUCAGAAAAUCGCCCUUUAUAUGUUGAGGUCUCUAUAACUAAAUCUAACCCAGAUAUAAGUUUUGUCAUCCAAACCUGCUACAUUUCUCCAUCAUCGGACUCUGCUGCUGCUUCAGACUAUGCCAUCAUUGAAAACAUUUGUCCAAAGGAAGAGUCUGUGACCUUCUACAGUUCGCAGAAGCUCGAUUUCCUUAAUGCAGAGAUGGAAAAAAAGAGAUUCAGCUUUAUCUUUAAGCCAGUCUAUAACAUGUCCUUGGUUUUCCUUCAUUGUGAAAUUAUGUUAUGCAAUAAAAAGGACGAUGGUAGCCAAGGAUUUCCUAAUCUUCCCAAGUGUAUUCCUCCUGAUGAAGCUUGCGUUGAUGUGAAUUUCCAAUUAAUAAUGGCUAUGGCAAGAAACAGGCAAUCAUUUACAAAGCCACUGGCAGUUGUUUCUGGAAGAAUAACUCUGCCCAACCCACAAGAAAAAUUUGAUGUCCCACCUAAUGCAGAGAAACCUCGGCCUUAUAUAAUUUAUGGUCUGGAUACCCCUACAGUUGUGGGAAUUGCAUUUGCAGCAUUUGUGAUUGGUGCACUUCUGACAGGAGCUUUGUGGUACAUUUACUCUCAUACAGGUGAAACAGCUGGAAGGCAGCAGGUCCCUACAUCUCCGCCAGCAUCAGAAAAUAGCAGCACAGCUCACAGCAUUGGCAGCACACAAAGCACUCCCUGUUCGAGCAGCAGCACGCCCUAACCCUGAGGGAAGUAGCUACAAGGAAAUGGAGUAUAGAGGCAAAGUUCAAAGUGGCUAAUUGUUGGUUGGUAUCCUGAGGAUAGAAGGAAGAUCUUCAGUUGCCUCUUGAAAGCUGAUACGUACUUUCAAGACAAAAAAAAAUCAUCUAAGUUGCUGUAUACUUAGGCAAACUGACUUCCCUCGAGCGCAUAGUUACAAAAUACACAUAUGUGACAAAACUACUAAUUACCCUGAAUUGGAACUUCCUAACGAUUUGAGUUCCUUAUGUGAAAUUCGUACCAGAUUUUUUUCAGUGCUGCUUAAUUUCUAGAAUGCGGCCACUUAAUUUUAGAUAUCUUUUAUGUAAACGCCAGCAACUUUCUGAAUGAGAAUGAAAACACCAUGUUCUGAUUAACCAAAGAUGACAGUUAUAACCAUUCAGCGUUUCCAUCACACAUCAGAUUUUUUACCAGUUAGAUAGAUUCCAUAGAAACAUUGUUUAAAAGCUGUACGAACAAAACCCUCCCUCUGGGCAAUCUGCAUUUAAAUAUGCUGUUAAAUAUGUUAUCGAUUUUUAAGAAUAUUUACAGCUUUGUUAAGAAAUCAGUGUUUUAAGCUAAUUGAUAUAACAGUGAAAACAUAGACCAAAGCAGAGCUUUCUGCUGUUUGCUCAAAUUAUCUGGACAGGUGGGUUUUGAAGAUUUGUUUUUGUUCAUUUUCAAGCGUCUUGACAGCAGUUGGUAUUACUUUAAGAUGGGACUUAAAACACUCUGAAUUCCUUUUGUUUUACUUUUUUAAAAAUACUUUUUAAAAGCAGUUGUCCAUCAGUGUGAUAAAGUUGUCCCAUAUCAUGAAUGUUGUAUUUUUCAGCAGUUCAGCAGGCUGUGUUGUUCACAGUACUGACUGUUGCAUACUGUACAGUUGAAUGUAUUUUAUGACAUGAAUUAAUAAUGUAUACCUUGUAUAUAAACAUUUAUAGAGCUCUCCAGAGCAGAGUACAGAGUAUAUUAGUAACAUAUAAGCUAUAUUUUUAUUGUAUUCUGGAUUUUGGUGUAAAUGUUGCAAGGGUAGACUUGGUCAUCGAAUGAUAAUGGGGAUCUAGGCUGAGGUGGGGUCAGAUGGAACAGACUGCACUGGGGUAUGGAUGUUGCUGGAAAUGCCAGCAUUUAUCAUCAACCCCUGAUUGCCUGUGAACUGAGGAGGCAGAUAUGACCCAGUUGGAUUGGUUUGACAGCAGUGAGAAUGUCAGGUUUCCUUCCUUGUACGACAUUAGUUUGCCUCACACUCCCUCUGAAACUAGCUUUCCCAUUUAAAAUUAUAGGAUUACUGAACUUACCCUUUAUUGUUAAAUUUAUAAAAAUGAAAUUCAAUUUUAUAAAAUAUAUUAACUUUGCUAACUGUGAAUUUUUCAUUGAAUUUUGUAAUAGAUUUCUGCUACUUUGCUUUUUACUCAUUCCCCUCAGAAUGUCUGUUUGGGUAAUAGAAGUUGUUCAUUCAGAAUCCAUACUAAUGGACAGAAUUGGAAUUGCAUUAAUUAAGAUUCUAGAUGCAACCUUAACUUCAUUUUUAAGGUGGCCAUUGCCAGCUGAAGAUACUGUAUCAAAUAUAUGCACUUUUCCAAAGCUGGUAAUUGAGCUUGGAAGUAUUUUAUUGUAGGUACAGCUCCAAAAUUAAUAUUAAAAUAAUGUCAAUUAGUGAAAUCUAAUGUGCAUCCAGUAACAUGUCCUUGUAAUGAUGCAGGAAAAGAACAAAUGAUAAAGUUCAUCAUAACUGAGGCAUUUGUUGCUGUCAGUCUUUUUAUUAAUAAAAAGAGAAAAUAAUGAAGCAGGUUAGACAUCGUAUCCGGAAAGAGAAAUGAAGUUAAUAUUUCAGGUCAAAAACCCUCCAUCAGAAUGUUAACUUUGUCUUUCCACAGAUGUCUUUCUUUGUUUCAGAUUUCCAGCAUGUGUUUUUGAUUUUCAGUUAAUUUUUAUUUCCCUAUUCAGAACAUUUCUGAGAGAACAGUAAUGAAUGGAUCUAAUGAGCAAAUUAGCACUUUAUUCUCUUCUUUCUACAAACCAGGGCAAUUUCACAAUUUUAUAAAUUUUUGAAAGUUUAUGUUAAAUGAUACAGGCAAGUUAAAUGGUGUAAAGCUGUGGAUCCUAAUUACGACCUUUAGAAUUCAGCAAGGUUUUAAUAAUGUUGAGGUUAACAGUUGGAAAGUUCCCAAAAGUGAGGAUAUGCUCAGCAUAUCAGCUGUUCCACCUAUGGGGUUGUGAGCAGACCCUGGGGUAGUCCCAGCCCUUUAAAAAGGUGUAGCUGGGACAUCCUCAGAUUUUGUGUGUGUGUGUGUGUGUGUGUGUGUGUGUGUUGGGAGGGGGGAGUAUUUGCAUUUUACUGAGAAUGGAUGUGGGACUUUUGUUGAGAAAGGUUAGGAGUCACUGAUGUAAAGUACACAAUGACAUCAUCCAUUAAUCUUUUUACGUAAAAUAAAGUUUUCCCUGGCAUGACCUACUGACUACUUUGUAAUAUUACAGAUUAUCUGGUAGCUUGUUGCUGGGUGGCAAUUAAAGUUAGCAUCUUUCAGGCUGCUGUCACUGUAGUACUAUUUUUUCUUGUUUUUUUUCCAUGAUUGGAAAAAUACCCUACAGGAAUGUUUCUCUUGCCACAAUAUAAGUUGAAAAUAUUUGGGAGUUAGCUCACUGCCUGGGAAAAAAAAAUGCCCUCCACUUUGCUUCAAACUGCACAUUAAUCUGCUUUUUAAAUUGUAUGUAAAAUAUUUUGUAUAAUGGAAUUAUAUGCAGAUAUAAAAAUGCAUUUGGGCUAACAUUGCAACGAUGCAUAAAAAUGAAUGUAAUUUCCUAUGUCUUCUUGCCUUUGUUUUCUCUUUGACUUUUGAUCUGUUUUUGGAGAGGAUUACUGAAAGAAUUGGGAGUAAUUGGAUUGCUUUAAACAUUAUGGUAGGUUCACUCUAGUGAUUCAAUGUGAACUUUGGCAGCUCUGUACUUAGAAAUUUCAGAGGAUAUGUACCUUUUGCAAAUUUGGAUGUUUGUAUAAUAUAUUACUGUUGGAGAAACAAUUCAAUUGAGAUUGUAAAUUUUCUGUUCUUCAUACUUCAUUUGUCUUUCCCUUUAAAAAUAUAUCUACCUCACUGUUUUACUUAAAGGAACAAGGCCAGUCCUGCUGGUUGUACUAUUUGAUUUUGUAAGUAUUAGCAGGUGGUGUCUGUACCUACUUAAUAGGGCUGCGUUCUGCUCAUGUCUAUUUUUCAUAUGCUGUUGAAAAGGGAUUUAUGUGAAAAUUUAAAAAAUGUUGAUCUUUUGUCAUACUAUAUAAUUAUGUUAAAUAAAGGUGUA